AACACACACAUGAGAGAUCACUUACAGCAAAGGGUGAGAGGGGCAGGUGGGGCUAGGGUGGAGACCAAAGCACUGAUGUGACGGAAACAUCGGCCAGGCAACUGGACCUGGUGGAUCCAGGAAGACUUCCUGGAAGAGGUCUCUGACCCCUCCCAAGGAUCAUGCCGCAGCCCCACUGACCCAGGAGUAGGGGCCUAAGGGCAGGGAACCUGGAAUGGGCUGUGUGUUCUGCAAGAAAUUGGAGCCCGUGGCCACGGCCAAGGAGGAUGCUGGCCUGGAAGGGGACUUCAGAAGCUACGGGGCAGCAGACCACUAUGGGCCUGACCCCACUAAGGCCCAGCCUGCAUCCUCAUUUGCCCACAUCCCCAACUACAGCAACUUCUCCUCUCAGGCCAUCAACCCUGGGUUCCUUGAUAGUGGCACCAUCAGGGGUGUGUCAGGGAUUGGGGUGACCCUGUUCAUUGCCCUGUAUGACUAUGAGGCUCGAACUGAGGAUGACCUCACCUUCACCAAGGGCGAGAAGUUCCACAUCCUGAACAACACUGAAGGUGACUGGUGGGAGGCUCGGUCUCUCAGCUCCGGACAAACUGGCUACAUUCCGAGCAACUAUGUGGCCCCUGUUGACUCCAUCCAGGCUGAAGAGUGGUACUUUGGAAAGAUUGGGAGAAAGGAUGCAGAGAGGCAGCUGCUCUCACCAGGCAACCCCCAGGGGGCCUUUCUCAUUCGGGAAAGCGAGACCACCAAAGGUGCCUACUCCCUGUCCAUCCGGGACUGGGAUCAGACCAGAGGCAAUCAUGUGAAGCAUUACAAGAUCCGCAAACUGGACAUGGGCGGCUACUAUAUCACCACACGGGUUCAGUUCAGCUCGGUGCAGGAGCUGGUGCAGCACUACAUGGAGGUGAAUGACGGGCUGUGCAACCUGCUCAUCGCGCCCUGCACCAUCAUGAAGCCGCAGACGCUGGGCCUGGCCAAGGACGCCUGGGAGAUCAGCCGCAGCUCCAUCACGCUGGAGCGCCGGCUGGGCACCGGCUGCUUCGGGGAUGUGUGGCUGGGCACGUGGAACGGCAGCACUAAGGUGGCGGUGAAGACGCUGAAGCCGGGCACCAUGUCCCCGAAGGCCUUCCUGGAGGAGGCGCAGGUCAUGAAGCUGCUGCGGCACGACAAGCUGGUGCAGCUGUACGCCGUGGUGUCGGAGGAGCCCAUCUACAUCGUGACCGAGUUCAUGUGUCACGGCAGCUUGCUGGAUUUUCUCAAGAACCCGGAGGGCCAGGAUUUGAGGCUGCCCCAAUUGGUGGACAUGGCAGCCCAGGUAGCUGAGGGCAUGGCCUACAUGGAACGCAUGAACUACAUUCACCGCGACCUGAGGGCAGCCAACAUCCUGGUUGGGGAGCGGCUGGCGUGCAAGAUCGCAGACUUUGGCUUGGCGCGUCUCAUCAAGGACGAUGAGUACAACCCCUGCCAAGGGUCCAAGUUCCCCAUCAAGUGGACAGCCCCAGAAGCUGCUCUCUUUGGCAGAUUCACCGUCAAGUCAGAUGUGUGGUCCUUUGGGAUCCUGCUCACUGAACUCAUCACCAAGGGCCGAAUCCCCUACCCAGGCAUGAAUAAACGGGAAGUGUUGGAACAGGUGGAGCAGGGCUACCACAUGCCGUGCCCUCCAGGCUGCCCAGCAUCCCUGUACGAAGCCAUGGAACAGACCUGGCGUCUGGACCCGGAGGAGAGGCCUACCUUCGAGUACCUGCAGUCCUUCCUGGAGGACUACUUCACCUCUGCUGAACCACAGUACCAGCCCGGGGAUCAGACAUAGCCUGUCCGGGCAUCAACCACCUCUCUGGCGGUGGCCACCAGUCCUUGCCAAUCCCCAGAGCUGUUCUUCCAAAACCCCCAGGCUGGCUUAGAACCCCAUAGAGUCCUAGCAUCUCCAAGGAGGUGGCUGCUCUGACACCACUUAGGGCAACCUACUUGUUUUACAGAUGGGGCAAAAGGAGGCCCAGAGCUGAUCUCUCAUCCGCUCUGGCCCCAAGCACUAUUUCUUCCUUUUCCACUUAGGCCCCUACAUGCCUCUAGCCUUUCUCACUCCACCCCCACCCAAAGUGCUCAGACCUUGUCUAGUUAUUUAUAAAACUGUAUGUACCUCCCUUACUUCUCUCCUAUCACUGCUUUCCUACUCUCCUUUUAUUUCACUCCAGUCCAGGUGCCAAGAAUUUCCCUUCUACCCUCUAUUCUCUUGGGUCUGUAAGUUACAAAGUCAGGAAAAGUCUUGGCUGGACCCCUUUCCUGUUGGGUGGAUGCAGUGGUCCAGGACUGGGGUCUGGGCCCAGGUUUGAGGGAGAAGGUUGCAGAGCACUUCCCACCUCUCUGAAUAGUGUGUAAGUGUUGGUUUAUUGAUUCUGUAAAUAAGUAAAAUGACAAUAUGAAUCCUCAAACCAUGAAAUACCCUUGAACCUUCCUUUGGGAGGGAGGGUGGUCAAUGGGGGAUGAACAGACAGAUUUGGCUACAGGCAGCAGCAGGGGAAGCUGGAGAGGGCCCUAAUGCCUACCAAGCAUGGGGCAUCCAAGGUGUGGAAUUUUAGAACACCCAGAGUCCCACUGCUCAUCUACACGUGAGUUUAGAAGACAAGCAACUGAAGAUACAUUAAAAUGUCCUCUUCGUUGCUGAUAUGGCCUUCAAUCUGUGUAUAAUAGGUUUGCUAAUUCUUUAUCUGAGUUCAUCGGAUUUGCCAUUCAUCACAGGUGCAAUGGGACAACCUUAGGCCUCCUUUGCCAGUGCAGGGAGGAAGAACACAGUGGACCCUCUGGAGCUGUCAGACUCUCCAAAAGAGGACAGAAGAGAGGGGAGGAGACAGAAGAGUCCUGAGGGUAGGGAUCAGGGAUGCUGAACAACCUGCAGUGCACCUGAGUGAUGAUGAAUCUUCCCACUCCCUCAUUCCCCUUAGAGAAACUCUGGAAGCUGACAUGCCUCCGUGUGGAAACAAGGGGAGCAGGGAAUAAAGAUUCCUUCCUCUCCCAUCAGAAAAUGUUUGUUGACCAUCUGACUUACUAAGGGAAUGGACAGAGAAGGAAUCUGGGAGCUGGGAAUCACUGCAGCAACUGGCAAAUCAUUACCGAGCGUUGACUCUGCAAAGCAUUGACUCUUUGCUAAGGAGG